CUAAGCAUUGGUAUUCUUAACAAGGACGCGUGUACGUUGUAGGUUUUACCGGAGUUGUGGACACUGAGUCAAUUAGAUUUCGUCUUGUUAAAUGUGGUACAUGUAGUUGGAAGUAUUAAAGACGUAUGAAGUGCUGGUUGUUGUAUUCGUGGAUGGAAUUAGACAUGUAGGGGAUUGGCAUGGAUUGUUGAAGACGACAGGAAUGGCCUAGUUUGGUCAGCUUCUCAAACCUGCGGAUUGCCUUGGAUCUUAAUUCAUUGAAAUAUCGGACAAUUUGAUGGAUUAAAAUUUGAUGACUGUAUCUCGGCAGACGUGAGGUGCAUUUUCCAAAAUGGCGGUACCAAAACAGAAUAUUCUCGGGUCGCUCGAUGGCAAGGUACGAACCGCCGUGCGAUUCAAACUUGUCCCCUCGUUCGAAGACAUUCUGGAGAAAACCGGAAAUUUUGGAAUUUGGCAAAUGCUUCUUUAUCUCAUCUAUUUAAUCAUCGAUUGUUCGAUUGGCUUGACAUUUUUGGCAGCCAUCACGGCAACGGAAGUACCUGGGUGGAAAUGGUCGUGCAGCGCCCAAGGCGAUGAUAUAACGAACUACAAUUUUACAGCGAACGGCAAUACGAGUUGGUGUCCUCCUGAAGGAAUCCAUUGCGAAAAUAUCACAUUUGAAAACAGUCUCUCUUCGAUAGUGACCGAGUGGAAUCUCAUUUGCGACAAGCAGCACAUCACCCGGGACAUAAGCACAUUAUAUUUCGCUGGACUACUGCUUGGAGCAUUAACAGGAGGGUGUUCAUCGGACUUCUUAGGCAGGCGGAAGGUGACUCUCAUUAGUUGGCCCCUGAUGAUGCUCUUCCAGACAUUUACUGGCGUGUCUGUGUCAUGGUUUAUGUACCUGGUGCUGAGAAUCGCCACGGGAUUCGCGACUGGUUGUUGCCUCGUGCCCGCAGGUGUCCUCGCAAUCGAAAACAUGGGGACAAAAAGCCGUGUUGUCAUUACUCAUAGACUUGGAUUUUCGUUGGCAUUCUUCAUGACUGCCGUGGUGUCGUUUCUUCUUGAGGACUGGAGACAUAGGGCGUAUGCCACGGGACUGCUCUUGGUACCUGCAGUUCCUCUGCUAUUUUUAUUUCUACCGGAGAGUCCAAGAUGGCUCUUGCAGAAAAACAGAAUCGACGAGGCAGAAAUUGUGGUUAAGAAGAUAGCGAAAUUCAACCGGAGGCCGUGUCCAAACGUGACAACACUAACACAUCUGUCUGAAUCAAACAUGAAGGAACGUAGAAAGCAUGGUGCCUACACAGUCUUGGAUCUAUUCGCUACUAGAGAAUUUGGCUCGAGAACACUUGUCAUUUGUUACACGUGGUUUGCUUCUUAUGUAACAACAUUCGGCACGGUUGAAGUAAUCAUUGACUUUAACGUCGCCCUUGCCUUGAAAAUCAUAGCCGUCGGUGCCGCAUCACUUAUAGCAAAAUCUACAACUAUAUAUUUAGUAAACAGACUUGGUCGAAAGAGGUCGUUCUUGGCAAAUGUGACACUCUCUACGCUAUCAAACAUAGCUAUCACUGCAUUAAAUAUCGUUGGUGUGGGUGAAGGUCCAAAUGGUGACGCAAUACUGGCGUCACGAACGUCCGCUAUAAUAAGGACACUUUUUGAAUUAGACAAGGCCUACAAUUUGAUGAACAUGUACGGGUACAUGUACACUCAUACGAUAGCUUUUUGGUUUUUCAGACUUGGUCGAAAGAGGUCGUUCUUGGCAAAUGUGACACUCUCUACGCUAUCAAACAUAGCUAUCACUGCAUUAAAUAUCGUUGGUGUGGGUGAAGGUCCAAAUGGUGACGCAAUACUGGCGGCAGUGGCGCUGGCUGGCCUAACAGCGCUAUGCAGUUGUCAUAUGGUGCAAAUCUGUUUUUCUGCAGAGAUCUACCCAACGCUACUAAGGUAA